AUGGACCACACGGGGCAAAUAGAGUCGCAGGAUGCAGAUAACGGGUUGAACGGUGAAAACGUUUUGGUAGAGGAAGCAGAAGCGAUGGAUUCGUCCGCUGCAAAUGCGGACAUAGAUCAAGAAGCAGCAGUGAGCAUUGUUGAUUGGAUAGGGUCAUUUGGCGCAAUUGAAUUUUCUGCCCUGAUUGAAUACAAUCACAUCAAGGGAUUCUCGGUCAGGAGGUCCAAAGUGGGUCGCAGAACAAAGCAGGGGGCAGAGGACGAAAUCAUUUGGCAUAUAUUCGUGUACUCGAGAGAAGGAGAGCGAGAUGGGAAACACAUGCAGCGGGGAGACAGGAAGAUGGAUCCUCGACCGAUCACACGGUGCGGGUGUGAAGUCCAGAUUACAGUGCACGUUGACGAUACUAAGAAGCAAAGGCGGGCUGGAGCGACAGAUGCUGAGGCCGCGUUGAAGUUUUUGGGAAUUUUAAGGACCACUGAUUGUGGAAUGUUCUGGAAGUACUCACUGGAUGGUGACAAGAGGCUGGAAAAUCUCUUCUGGUGGGAUGGUACAAGUCGUUAUGACUACAUCGUGUUCGGGGAUGUCCUAGAUUUUGAUGCAACAUAUGGUCGUAACAAAUACAAGUGCCAUUUGGUAAUAUUCUCAGGGGUGGACCACCAUAUGAGGACGGUGGUGUUCGGUUGCGCCAUCUUGAGCAACGAGAGUGAAGGAAGAUAUGUGUGA